UUAGAGGUUGCACUAGUUAUAACUUGAACAUAUGCAGUCGGACUCAUCAGUUGAUUACGAACCAUUGUUAGAGUCGUUUGGCCGGUUGAAUAAUUCGUUUUCAUAAUGUUGCAAAUUAAGUUCGGAACCUUGGUGCUGCUGUCGGUGGCUUUUGGAGCUGCAUCGGCACUGGUUUGCCACGAGUGCACCAGUGUUGCCGGCUGUCGUGGUGCGGAUAAGAACAAAACAGUCACGUGUAGUCAGGCGAACUCAGAAGCUACGGCGGUCCUGCUGAGGCCAUAUUUCAAGGAUCUAAACGCCACGCUGGAAUACAAUGGAACCUACCAGUGUACCAACAUCACCUUCAUUCCAACCGGUGCGACCGAUUUAAGUGCCAUCAUAAAGGGCUGUCUGUACAAAACGAAGACAGGCCUUUGCGGAGUGGAGAAAACUCAACUAAGCGGCAAUAUGACGUGCAUAUCCUGCAACAGUGACAAAUGCAAUGGUGCUGGAAGACUUGCUUUGAGCAUGCUGCUGUUGAUCAGUACGUGGAUAGCCAGAUCGAUUGUAACCAAAGUUUAAAAUAAACAAUGUGAGAUUAUCUUUUUUUGUUUUUCAAGAAAUUGAAAAAUAAAAUGUCCAGUAACAAUUACAA